AUGGUGAACCGUUCGGACAUCAACUACUUCGGUGCUGGCCCUGCGCCACUCCCCACCGCGGUUCUCGAGAGAGCAUCGCAGGCCCUCUUGAACUACCAAGACAAAGGCCUUGGUCUUUGCGAAAUCUCCCAUCGCUCGCCCGAAGCCAACGCGAUUCUCGCCGACACGAAGCAGGCGCUUACCACGCUUCUCGAUAUCCCGGACGACUACGAGAUCCUCUUCCUCCAGAGUGGCGGUACCGGCGAGUUCAGUGCGACCGUAUACAACCUCGUCUCGAUAUGGGUGGAGAAGAAGCGCGCCAAGAUCGCUGAAGAGGUCGGCGACAACAAGGAAGAGGUGCUCAAGAGGCUUCGCAAGGUGGUGGAUGAGGAACUCAAGCUCGACUACCUCGUCACGGGUUCUUGGUCGCUGAAGGCAUCGCAGGAGGCUGCACGUCUCAUAGGCGCCAAACACAUCAAUGUGGCAGUAGACGCGCGCAAAGCCAAUGACGGAAAAUUCGGCGUCAUUCCCUCAGAGGACCAAUGGAGCCUCACACCUCGGUCGUCGGCUGGUGGGCCAGCCUUUGUGUACUUCUGCGACAACGAAACCGUCGAUGGCAUCGAGUUCCCGUCCUUCCCACACAGCCUCGAGGGCGAUGAUGCGCCAUUAGUGUGCGCCGACAUGUCAUCCAAUUUCAUCUCUCGAAAAGUGGAUGUUCGGAAGUAUGCCGUCAUAUUCGGCGGUGCACAAAAGAACAUUGGAAACACUGGUAUUGCGAUUGUGAUUAUGCGCAAAUCUUUGCUACCGCCACAUUCGACUCCUGCUUCACCUGACCUGCUGAGAGAGCUUGGCUUGUCUGUCGGUCCUAUAGUGCUGGAUUACCCUACCAUCGCAAAGAACAACUCACUAUACAACACAUUGCCCAUCUUCGACGUCUGGGUAGCUGGACAAGUUAUGAACGGGCUCGUAGAUUUGUACGGCACCAAGCGCAUCGGCGGUCAAGAAGAAAUCUCCGACGAGAAGGCUCGCCUGAUCUAUGAGGCACUCGAGAAGCACUCGGACGUAUAUCGGGUUGUUCCAGACAAGUCGGUGCGCAGCAGAAUGAACAUCUGCUUCAGGGUCCAUGGUGGAGACGCAGAAAAAGAGAAGGCUUUCCUUGCAGGUGCGGAGAAGAAGGGCCUGGUAGGCCUCAAGGGUCAUCGUAGCGUGGGCGGCAUACGUGCCAGCAACUAUAACGCGGUCUCACUUGACGGAACGAAGCUGCUUGUUUCGUACAUUGAGGAGUAUGCGAAGACAACUUGA